AUGACUUCCACAGACCCGAAGUCCCUGUUCGGCAUGCCCGGCUUCAUGGUCGACUUCUUGAUGGGUGGUGUCUCCGCCGCCGUCUCGAAGACCGCCGCUGCCCCCAUCGAGCGUGUCAAGCUCCUCAUCCAGAACCAGGAUGAGAUGCUGAAGUCCGGCCGUCUCGACCGCAAGUACGAUGGCAUCGCCGAGUGCUUCAGGCGUACCUCCCAAUCUGAGGGUGUCCUUGCCCUGUGGCGUGGUAACACUGCCAACGUCAUCCGUUACUUCCCCACCCAGGCCUUGAACUUCGCUUUCCGCGACACCUACAAGGCGAUGUUCGCUUUCAAGAAGGAGCGUGACGGUUACGCGAAGUGGAUGGCCGGUAACUUGGCCUCCGGUGGUGCCGCUGGUGCCACUUCCCUCCUCUUCGUCUACUCCCUCGACUACGCCCGUACCCGUCUUGCCAACGACGCCAAGUCCGCAAAGAAGGGUGGUGAGCGUCAGUUCAACGGCCUGGUAGAUGUCUACAAGAAGACCCUCGCCACUGACGGUAUUGGUGGUCUCUACCGUGGUUUCAUGCCCUCCGUUGCUGGUAUCGUCGUCUACCGUGGUCUGUACUUCGGUAUGUACGACUCGAUCAAGCCUGUCCUCCUCACCGGUUCCCUCGAGGGUAACUUCUUGGCUUCGUUCGCUCUCGGAUGGGCUGUCACCACUGGUGCCGGUAUCGCUUCCUACCCCCUUGACACCAUCCGUCGCCGCAUGAUGAUGACCUCCGGUGAGGCCGUCAAGUACAACGGUACCAUGGAUGCUGCCCGCCAGAUCGUUGCCGCUGAGGGUGUUAAGUCGCUCUUCAAGGGUGCUGGUGCCAACAUUCUCCGUGGUGUUGCCGGUGCCGGUGUCCUGUCCAUCUACGACCAGGCCCAGCUCAUCCUCUUCGGCAAGAAGUUCAAGGGUGGAUCCGGUUAA